AUGGAACUAUCAAAAUACAGUUCAGUAAUUCUGAUAAUCGUUGUGUCGUGUUACACGAGAUUGAUCCUUCUCCCGGCUGUUCUUUCCACACCCGUUUCAUAUCCAGAUAAGAACAACGGCAUCGAUCUACAAAGAAAUGUUGAGGAAAUAGAUGAUGAUUUACCUGGCAGAAAAAACUUCUUUCCAUCUUCAGAAACAUAUUUAAACAGAAAUGCGUUAAAAUCUUUAAUCAUUAAUGAUAUCAUCGAAAGAUUGGCCGCUAAAGAAAGUAAAAAGAAGUUCGUGGAUUUGCUCGUGAAGAGGCAGUCUAUUCCUGGCAGCUGGAAUACUGAUGCCAUUCGCAUUUGGGGAUAA